AUGAUGGAUGAUAUAAAAAAUAAAAAAAUGUUCGGAUUCAAACUUUUAAUAUAUAUAGAUGAGGAAAAUGUCCUUAAAGAUUUUUUAUCAUGUUUUAGGGUAAAAAGCAAUGCUUAUUUAAAAAUAUACAUUUGUACACUAUCAUUCAACAAAGAAGUAUAA